AUGACUACCAUCAUUGACAUCAUCGGCGUCGUCUCCGGCGUGGUGGGCAUAAUCCAGUUCGCCCAGGACGCUUUCCCCCAAAAGCAAAAGCCCGGCUCCAGCGUGCGCAUCGCAGUUGGACUCGACGCAAGCGGCGGCCUGGACAACGCCGGCGGCAACGUGCCGGGUGUCGCCCUCUUCAACGAGGUGGGCGGCUUCCUUGGCCAGUCGCAAAAGAACGGGCAGGUCCAGGAUGGCAACUUUGCAGACCUCACGGUGACGCAGAGCAGCGGGCAGCAGGCCACGUACGGCCUGUUCCAGGCCGGCCACGACGCCGUCUGCAUCGCCUACACCACCAUCACCUGGCCCGACGGCAACCAGUACGCCCUGACCGGCGACUGGGGCGAGGCCUGCGGCGGCAGCUGGUACUACAGCAACAUCUACGUCCAGAGCUCCGGGUACAAGCCCAAGUGCAUGUGGAUCGACGCCGACGGCAACCAACCCCAAACAGGGUUCCAGGUGCAUUUCCCGGAAUUCCGCAGCGACUCCAGCACCAUGCCCGCCGGCAAGGACGUCAAGACCCUGUGCAACAGCAAGGCUCCCUUCCAGUAUUUCACCACGGCCGGGCCCCAGACCAUUGACUACUGGAACGCAGACGGCAAGACGACCUCUCAGUCCACGGUACCAUCUAAGCGUGACGUCGGUUCUCAAAUCAACCGCCGCGCCGCGGCCGCCGCCCGCCCCUCCGCCAUCGUCAUCACCAACGGGACAGACCACUCGGUCAAGGAGCUGUGCGGCAGCAAGACGUCGAGCGGGCCCGAUCUGUUCAACCUCAUCGAAAGGUCAUCCUGCCGCAUGAGCGACAAGACAAUCUUCCCGCAGUGCGAUGCCACGGUCAAGGACAACUGCUUCAACGUCGAUAGCACGCAGCUCAUCGUCGGCGGCAAGGCCGCGCGGUCCCCCUACGAAGUCGUCUGGGACUGGAAGACCGCCGGCAAGACCUUCACGUCAAAGGUUGCCACUUCUGCCAAGAUCGCCGCGCGCGAGCCCUACGCGAAACCCCAGGAGUACAACAAUAUAAUCGACUGGAGCGUUGCCGGAAAGGUCGACAUUGAGCCCGUCAAGUCUACUUGA